AUGGCUCUCCAGACACAAAAAGACUACGACGCCCUAUACAAGAGGCUCACCACUGUCCCUCCCCCCGGAAAACCCUACGGUAUUCCCGUCCCCGGUACAGAACGACCUAACCGCACCGCCGCCUACAGACACUGGGCAGUCGGCGAUGGUCCUCUCGUCACAGCGCUAGAGCCUGGUAUCAAUUCGACACACGACGUCCUUGAGAGGAGUGCGCGCAAGUGGCCCAACUCGAGAUGUCUCGGGACCCGCCAUUGGAACCAGGCGACUCAGCAGUGGGAGGACAAAUACGACUGGAUCAACUACGGUGAUUUCGACGUCCGAAGGAAGAAUUUCGGUGCCGGUCUCGUCGAGAUUCACAAGGCCAUCAACUAUUCCCCUGAAAAGUACGGUGUCGGUUUGUGGUCGCAAAACAGGGCUGAGUGGCAGAUCGCCGACUUCGGUAUUGCUUCUCAAUCACUUUACUCGGUAUCUCUCUACGAAACUCUUGGUCCCGACACAACAGAAUAUAUCAUCAAUCAUGCCGAGGUCGCCUGCGUUGUCUGCUCCCUCCCCCACAUCCCUGUUCUUCUUAAGAUGUCUUCCCGGCUACCUGGUCUGAAGCUCAUCGUCUCUCUCGAUCCGCUUGAGCAGGGUGAAUUGGCUUCUCACACCAAGGCCUCUGUCCUCAAUGAGAUUGCCUCUCAACAUGGCAUCCAGAUCUACUCCAUGACUCAGGUUGAGGAGAUUGGUGCCAAGUCUGGACGUGCUCCUCGUGCUCCCAGCCGCAAUGACAUCUGCACCAUCAACUAUACCUCCGGUACAACUGGCAACCCCAAGGGUGUUCUCAUCACCCACGGGAACGCCGUUUCUGCCAUCGCGGGUGGUCGAACAAAUGGCAAUGUGAGCAGCAAGGACGUCCACUUGUCCUAUCUACCUCUAGCUCACAUCUACGGACGACUCAUCGAUCAGAUCGCCGUUGCUGAGGGUGCUGCCAUUGGUUUCUUCCGAGGUGACAUUCUGGGCUUGGUUGAUGAUAUCAAGAUCCUCAAGCCCACUGGUUUCAUCUCAGUUCCUCGUCUCUUCAACCGGUUCAACUCCGCCAUUCGCACUGCUACUAUUGAAGCCGAUGGUGUCCGAGGCGCUCUCUCACGACGUGUCAUUGAUACCAAGAAGGCCAACAUGCGACUCCCUCCCGGAAAGGCCUCCAACACCCACUUCUUGUACGACCGAAUCUGGACCCCCAAGGUCAAGGCCGCUGUGGGCAUGGACAGAGUCCACAGCAUGGUCAGUGGCAGUGCCCAGCUUGAUCCUGAUGUCCAAGAGUUCCUGCGCGCCGCUUUCGCGAACCACUUCGCCCAGGGCUUUGGCAUGACCGAGACGUAUGCCGUCGGAUCUAUCCAGGCACGCGGUGACUUUACUACCGGCAACAUCGGCGGCCCCAUGUGCUGUGUGGAACUCUGCCUCGAGUCGGUUCCCGAGUUUGAUUACACCGUGGAUGACAAGCCUAACCCUCGUGGUGAGCUUCUUCUCCGCGGUCCCGUCAUCUUCCGCGAGUACUACAAGAACGCUGAAGAGACCGAGAAGACCCUCGACGCCGAUGGCUGGUUCCACAGUGGUGACAUCUGCGAGGUUGACAAGAUGGGCCGCUUCAAGAUCAUCGAUCGCAAAAAGAACGUUCUCAAGCUUGCUCAGGGUGAGUACAUCUCCCCUGAGCGCAUUGAGAACGUCUACAUGGGUAGCACCAACCUCAUCAACGCCGCCUAUGUUCACGGUGAUGGUACUCAGUCCUCAUUGGUCGCUAUAUUUGGUAUCGACGUUGAGAACUUUGCUCCUUUCGCUAGCAAGAUUCUCCAGGAGACCAUCGCACCCAACCAGGUGGCUGAUCUCCGCGUCGCCGCUAACGACCCCAAGGUGAAAGCCAAGUUCCUCAAGGUCCUUGACGGUAUUGGCAAGAAGCACAAGUUCAACAGCUUCGAGAAGGUGCGCAAUGCCCAUCUCGAAAUUGAUCCUUUUACCAUCGACAACGGUCUAUUUACCCCUACGCUUAAGCUUAAGCGCCCCCAGGCCGCCAAGGCCUACAGGGAGCAUAUUGACCGUAUGUAUGAGGAGCUUGCUGCCCAGGAGCCUGUUGGAAAGAACAAGCUGUAA